AUGUCCCAAAUCACAUUCGCCAGUCUCCAGCAAAUCCCCCUUUCCUAUGCCUCAUGUUCAAUUGGCUGUGAUCCAACUGAUACGCUUCCCCGCAAACUUGAAGUCAUCGCCGCGGCCGGUUUCAAAGCAAUCGAGUUAUCCUUCCCAGACAUCCUGGACUAUGCCAAUCAAAUCCAGGGCCGACAAAUCGCCCCGGAUAACUAUACCGAAUUAUUGCCUGUAGCAGACCAGAUCCGGAAACUAUGCGAAGAAAAGAAGUUGUCUAUCAUGAUGUUGCAGCCAUUCUCGAACUUCGAGGGUUGGCACAGGGGUGUAGUGGAGCGCGAAGAGGCAUUUGCGCGGGCAACAGGCUGGAUGGAAAUUAUGCAUGUUAUUGGGACUGAUUUAUUACAGGUCGGAGCAACAGACACCCCAAAAGACACCCCAAACUUCAAAUGCAACAAAGAAGAAAUAAUCUCCGAUCUCCGCACUCUCUCAGACCUUCUAUCAAAACGCAACUACCGCCUCGCCUACGAAAACUGGUGCUGGUCUACCCAUGCACCGGACUGGAAAAGCGUCUGGGAAAUCGUCAAGGCAGUCGACCGCCCAAACUGUGGACUAUGUCUGGACACAUUCCAAACAGCCGGUAGCGAAUGGGGUGAUCCAACCACUUCCUCGGGAUUAGUUGAAGACGUUUCAAAAUCCGAGCUAAAGAAUCGAUUUGAUGCCAGCAUGGAUGAACUUGCGAGAACUGUUCCCGCGGACAAGAUUUAUCUACUGCAGGUUUCGGAUGCGUAUAAGGUUCAGCCGCCGUUGGAGGAUAAGACUAUUGGAGGGUUGAGGGCUAAAGGUCGGUGGAGUCAUGAUUACCGGCCUAUGCCGUAUGACGGCGGGUAUUUGCCCAUUGAGGAUGUUGCACGCGCUGUGCUGAGGACGGGGUUCCGGGGAUGGUUUUCUAUGGAGAUUUUUGAUAGUGGGCCGACUGGUUCUGGGAAGAAGUAUGAGAUGGGGUCUUAUGCCAAUCGGGCCAUGGAGAGUAUGCAGGCUUUCUUGAAGAAUUGUGCUACAGAUUGUGAAUGA